AUGGAGAGGCAGCAUAUUGCUGACUUGCUUUCAAAGGCCAGACAUUACUCUGCUUUAUCCUUCUUUCUGCCACUGGAAGAGUGGGCAAAAAGUGUUACCUUUGACAAAAGUGUUAAUACAGCAAACAACACUGCAUUCUGUAGUAUCAGAAAUGCAAGAACCUAUGAAAAACAGAUGCCUUCUACCGACAGUUUCCCUGGGAUACACAGGUCCUCAGUUCCUGUGAAAUGUUCUCCAGAUUCCAUUGCUUGGGAUUCUUUCAGGAAAAUUACCCUAAGUGACCUAAUAAGGCCAAAAUACACUUCUUGGGACAACAGUAGCCGAAAAUGCUCCAAAUUGGGUAACUUACAGUUUUUGCAGGAUUUUGGAAAAGUCUUUUUGCCUACAGCCUCUACCAGUGCACCCAUACUGUCGCUCCAGAGAGUGCUUCCCUGCUCCCAGCCUUCGGACGAGAAACCGGGGCAGGACGGUCCACCCUGCCUCCCGUGGCCGCCGCUGGGCGAUGAGAAGCUGCGGCCCCGGAUGAGCCCCGGGCCUCCCCUGGCGCGGCGGCGGGAGCCGAGCGGAGCCCCCGCGGUACCCCCGCCCGGCAGGCGGCCGACCCCGGCCCCGGCCAGCGGAGGCCCCGCCGCCGGCGGGGAAGGGGAGCAGGAGGAGGAAGAGGAAGGCGGCGCGAAGCGGAGCGGCCGGCCCGGCGGCAGCCGCAACGGGAGCGGGGACUGGGGUGGGGGGGCGGGCUGCGCCAAGCCCCGCAACUUCCUCUACGUGGGGGUGAUGACGGCCCAGAAGUACCUGGGCAGCCGGGCGGUGGCGGCGCAGCGGACGUGGGCGUCCUCGGUGCCGGGCCGCGUGGAGUUCUUCUCCAGCCAGGGCUCCGCCGCGCCCCCCGGGCUGCCCCCUCUGCCCGUCGUCGCCCUGCCCGGCGUGGACGACUCCUACCCGCCGCAGAAGAAGUCCUUCAUGAUGAUCAAGUACAUGUACGACCACUACCUGGACAAGUACGAGUGGUUCAUGCGGGCGGACGACGACGUCUACAUUAAAGGUGAAAAAUUGGAGGAGUUUCUUCGCUCACUGAACAGCAGUAAACCUCUGUAUUUGGGACAGACUGGUCUGGGUAAUAUUGAAGAACUUGGAAAACUAGGGCUGGAGCCUGGAGAGAAUUUCUGCAUGGGAGGGCCAGGAAUGAUCUUCAGCCGGGAGGUUCUCAGGAGGAUGGUGCCACAUAUAGGUGAAUGCCUUCGAGAAAUGUACACUACUCAUGAGGAUGUGGAGGUGGGCAGGUGUGUCAGAAGGUUUGGAGGAACUCAGUGUGUUUGGUCAUAUGAGAUGCAGCAAUUAUUCCAUGAAAACUAUGAACACAACCGCAAGGGUUACAUUCAAGAUCUUCACAAUAGCAAGAUUCACACAGCCAUAACACUUCAUCCAAACAAAAGACCAGCCUACCAAUACAGGCUGCACAAUUACAUACUGAGCCGCAAAAUUUCCGAACUGCGCUAUCGGACCAUCCAGCUCCAUAGGGAAAGUGUCCUGAUGAGCAAGCUCAGUAACAGUGAAGUAAAUAAGGAAGAUCAGCAGCUGGGAGUGAUGCCAUCUUUCAAUCAUUUCCAGCCACGUGAAAGGAAUGAAGUCAUCGAGUGGGAGUUUCUGACAGGAAAAUUUCUCUAUUCAGUGGCGGAGAACCAGCCACCCUGCCAGAGCCUGAGCAGUGUCCUGCGGGCUGCACUGGAUGACACUGUGAUGCAAGUAAUGGAAAUGAUAAAUGAGAACUCUAGAUCUAGAGGAAGGCUCAUUGAUUUCAAGGAAAUACAGUAUGGCUACCGCAGAGUGGACCCUCUGCAUGGAGUGGAGUACAUCCUGGAUUUACUGCUUUUGUACAAAAGGCACAAAGGAAGAAAAGUUACUGUUCCAGUGAGACGCCAUGCUUACCUUCAGCAAUUGUUUAGCAAACCAUUCUUCAAAGAAGCAGAGGAGCUGGAUGUAAGAAGCCUGCUGGAGGAUACCAACACUGACACUCAAUCAUUCUCUUUUCUUUCAAAUUCUUUAAAGAUUUUUUCCUCAUCAUUCCAAGGCACUAAAGACAUUGGGGGACACAGUGACAAGAAAAUACAUAUUCUUGUCCCACUCACAGGAAGAUUUGACAUUUUCUCAAGAUUUAUGGAUAACUUUGAGAAGACCUGUCUGAUUCCCAGGCAGAAUGUAAAGCUGGCAAUAAUUCUUUUCAGUUCUGAGUCGGGCCAAGGCUCCAGCAAACACGUAGAGCUAAUGAAACAAUACAGUAUUAAGUAUCCUAAGGCAGAUAUGACCCUGAUUCCGAUGGCAGGAAAGUUUUCUAGAGGUUUAGGUCUUGAAAUGGCCUCAUCUCGGUUUGACAAUGGCACUUUGCUGCUGUUCUGUGAUGUUGAUCUGGUAUUCACACCAGACUUCCUCCAGCGAUGCAGAGAUAACACUAUUCAGGGAGAACAGGCUUACUACCCUAUCAUCUUUAGCCAAUAUGAUCCAAAAGUAAUAUAUGGAGGCAACCCUCCAGCUGACAGUAGUUUUGUUUUCACAAAAAGAACUGGAUUUUGGAGGGAGUAUGGAUUCGGAAUAACCUGUAUUUACAAAAGUGAUCUACUUACUGCUGGUGGAUUUGAUACCUCAAUUCAAGGCUGGGGACUUGAGGAUGUAGACCUCUUUACUAAAGUUAUAACAUCUGGCUUGAAAGCUUUCAGAAGUCAAGAAGUAGGAGUUGUCCAUAUUUUUCAUCCAGUUCAGUGUGACCCCAAUUUAGAUCCGAAACAAUAUAAAAUGUGCUUAGGGUCCAAAGCAAGCACAUUUGCCUCUACCAUGCAGCUUGCUGAACUCUGGCUACAGAAACAUUUGGGUAUCAGGUACAAUCGAACUGUCUCCUGACAUCUCAGCUGAUUUGGCCUUUUUAGGGGAGUUUACCUCAUUAUUGUUAUUAUUUAAUUUUACUGUUGUAGUUUUAAACUCCCUUCUUGUCUUCCAAAGUCUGUUGACCUCAAAUAGGAUGAGUCUGCUGUUCGCUGAUGUUUCUUAUACCUACUGAACUGGUGAAGUGAAUUCCUUCUUAUUUCUUUUAUUCGAAAUUCAGUCAAGUCACAGCAAUCAUAUGAUCCCAUGGAGCACAUCCAUCACAAGAGACUGCAUCAGAAGAAUGUUGUCUUUCAGCUUUGGGAUGCAGUAUCAUAUUUGUUGCAUUUCUCAGAUUUGAUGUGAUACAAAUAUUUAAUGGUGAAGGUACCACAAAAGUGCUUUAUGCUUCUUCUGGGGAUGGAACUCUAUAAGAUAAACUUGAGUUUUAUAAUUUAUAUGAUGACUUAUAUGUAUAAACGCUACUUUUCUUCAUCUUUAGAAUUUUUGAAGUAAAUUAAUAACUAUGAUUGUACCUUUAUUUUUUUAAAAAAAAAAAAAAGAAAGAAAAGCUGAGGAGCUACAUGCAGAUACAACUGGUACUGGCUACCAAGGUCCUUAAAUGUCUUAUUAUAAUAACAAACUCCUCAUUGUUGUUCACUCUAAGUGUAAAUGAACUUUAUUUUCCCAAGGAACAGGAUUUAAUAAAAUGCUCAUAUACACUUUAGAAGAUUUGUGAACCAAUGUCCUUCAUUUGCAGGCAGGAAGAAACUAUGAUUGACAUGAUUAUUUAUGAUAAAGUGCAGGCAUACAGUGUUCUUUGUUUGAAACACAUAGUAUAAGUUGCUGUUUCUUCUUUUAUAAUGAGUCUCUAUACAUAACUUUCUUUUAUAUUCCUUUCAUAAAGCUGAACUUGAUAGAGUGUUAGAAGUUAAAGCAGUAUCUUUUUUUUCACAUUUUCCAUGAGUAUUGGUACUUAGUAGCAAUUUGUUGUUAAAAUAAAAAUAAUCAUAGAAUAAUUAUUUAAGUUUCAAAUUUUGCUAUUGGUCAAAGUUCCUUGACAAUAUAUUUAUAUUAAUGGAGGUUAUAAGUCUGUGUUAAAAUUUAACUCUCUGGACAGCCUGAAGUUGUCAUAUUGUGGAGUCACAGAGUAAAUGAUUUAAAAUGAUACCAACAUAAGAAAUAAUAAAAUCAAGUUCUGUAUUUUAGAAAAAUAUUUAUAUAGGGAUAUACAUGUGUGUGUGUGUGUGCUUAUAUCCCUAUAUGCAUAGAUAUAUGUAGAGAGUAAUUUCAAAACAAAUUACUCAAAAGAGUUCAGGCAGCAAUUUGGUAAUAAUCAUUGUUAUUUUUGCUACAUGCUUGGAACAUUUCAUGUUAUACUGUGGUAAGAGCUCAACGGCAUUCAAGAAACUAUUAGAAUCCAGACAAACUUAAAUUAGUAAACAGGUACAUCUCAUAACCUCAAUACCCUUGAUUUCAAACUAUAUUUCAGAUAGAUCUGGGCAAGAAAAAGUAAGCAAUUACUGAAUUUGAGUUUUCAGAUACUUAAAUACAUUUUCAGCUGUAACUGACUCCUUCUAUGUUUCCUUUCAAACACCAACCAAGAGACUGGAAUUCACUGACACUUCUAUCUGUAUGAAGAUAUCCUGAUAAACUUCUUAAGGAAGGGUAUGUAGGUCAGUUAACGUCUCUUAUCUGCGGUUUUCUGUUCUGGAUUUAGAAUGCAAGAAAGAAGACAUGCCUGAAAAGGCAUGAGUAAACUCAGAAUUCAAAGGCUGGCCACAGCUUUUUGUAUGUUUUAAAAAAGGCUAUCCCCAUUACCUUGGAGAAGGUGGCACUUGUGGUAGAUGUGAACAGACAGAAGGUAAUUCGUGCUUGUUUGCCCUCUCCUGCUCCCCAGGAGAGCUCCUGGCUUGUUAUUCUCCUUGAGGCUCUUGCCUUCCUAGCCCAGUAUUGUUAGCUCAAAUGUCUGGAGAAAGUAAAAUUCAAUAUUACUUAUGAAAUAAUUACCAGAAACCUCUCUUUAAAUUUAGUGUAAAGGUCAUGCUUUGUUCAACUAGAGAGCCAAGAGCAAGGAACUUGCAAUUUAUUUGCUCAAUCUUGACUAACUGAUGCACCUGAGACUGUAAAUAUCUAAAACUGAAUGCCUGUUGAUAAAUGUUGAAAAAUGAGAAAAAAAUAUUUCUAAAAACAUCUAAGGAAAUCAUUGUCUGCUGGGAUGUAUUUCAGUGUUUAUUUCAAUUGUGUAACUUAGUGGCCAGAAAGUAUUUGCUCAGCUCAAAGUAAAAUAGUAGAUUAGAAUAAGAAAUUAAGCCAAUCAUUCACUGGGGAUAAAGAUGUAUACAGAGGGCUUGCAGGAUCAGGUCCUACAUGAUAUAAGCAAACUGCUAGUGUUUACCAGUACAAAUAUUUAUUUAGUGUCUGACUGAUUCAUUUGUUUAUAUGAUGAAUUACUUUGUUAAAAACUUGAUUAUAAAUGUUUAUUAUGAAAUAUUGCAUUUUCUUUUGAAAUAACUAUCCUGAGAUAACUUGAGAACUCGUGUUAGUUUGUUUAAGGAAUAAUAUGCCUUCUAAGGAGAUCCUAUUAAAAGAAAAAAAAAAAGCACAAAAGCGUUAGAGUAAUGUUAUGGAUGUAUAGAUUAAGAUGGGAAUGUUUGUGCUAAUUAACAGUUUGCUUUUGUCUAGUCUGAAUCAUAAUCUUGAUUGUAAAAUGAAAUUUCUGUGUGUAUGAUGUCCUUUUGUAAAUGCAUACCUAAUGAAUUCAGAAUAGAUAAUGACCAUUUUUUCUGAAACCUCCUUAUCCUGGGAAUAGGUUCCCUGGUUUCAUGGCUGGGAAGUGCAUUGUGAACUGCUUGCACUUUGGCUUUUAGACACUGUGUUUCUUAAAAAAGAUAAUAAUAUAAAUCUCAGCAAUUCCCACCCAGAAACUUCAGAAUUCCCCAUAUCACCCCCAUCCUGAAAUGUUUUCCCAUUCACAAUACUUAAUUUAACAGAGAAUUUGCAUCCUCUGGAUGAAGGAAAAGCAUUAGGUUGGGCUUCCUAAGACUUGCUGGUUAUACUCUGCAUCGGGGUGCUGGUUCUCAAGCAGGAGAAAGGUAGAGGGCCAGGGGAGGUGUGCGGCUCAGCCAUAGGAAUCAACACCUUCUGCCCAAGUCAGUGCCUUAGUGCCAUCAGCACUGCCAGAUGUCUCUCCUUGAAGCUGCUAAUACACAAGCCAGUGCAAGAGGAGGGCUGUGUUUGCUGCCACCAGCCGCUUUUGGGAAGCAAAAGGGCCAUUUUAAUCAGCGGUUGAGAGGAGUGAAAGGAGGAUGCCAAACUGGGCAAAUUGGGUUGAGGCAACAGAGUAUCUUGUGCAGAUCCUGUGUCUCCUUGUCCCCAGGUGGAAAGGGAGUUUGAUUCCACCCCUCUUCUCUAUUUCCUUUCAAGGGACAUUGUGAAGGAAUGGGCAAACCCAGCAACCCUUCCACUCAGUGGGGCUGGUGGACCUGGAGCACACACUUGGACUCAUCCCAUAAUAUGGGACAAGGGGGGAAAUGGCUUCUGGAAAAGCAGUACAGAGAGAGGCACCUUCUUCACUCACCAAAGACCAGAAAGAUGUGCACAGAAGUGCCUUUUGGAGCCUUUGUAACAGUGCCUCAAGACCCUUGCAAAAAUUUUAAUGCUGGUAAAUGGCUCACAGGCAUGUACUGCCUAAGGAACUUGGGAGACUUCCAAGUAGCAUGAGUUAACAACCGCCUUCUUCAAACACAGCAAAUAAACUAAAAUGUGCUUUUGUUUUUAAGAAGUAAUUCUAGUGACUAGUUAAGAUGUAGUUUGCCACACAUAAGAUUUUGCUCCAAAGAACAAUGCUAGCUUUAAGAUAUAGACAAAACACAUGUGCAGUUUACACCUGAUUUUCCUGCAACUUAAAAUUUUUUGGAAAAUAUGUGGACUAAGGAUUGGUGAGCCACUGACUGGAGUAAAGUUACAUGUUUUUGCUCUAUUUUUAGAAGAUAACCAGAUGGGAAGAAAACAAAAAAUGCCUGUGGUAGAUACACACAGAAAUCACCCAUGAUGUGAGGGUAGCAGUGAAGAUUAUCGUCCUAAAUUGAAGCACAAUGAGAAGUUUCAAAAAUGUUUUAACUAUUUACAAUAACUGAAUAUUACUGAAGGUUGUACUCUGUCAUAAGACUGUAAGUGACAUAUAAAGUUAAAUCAGUCCAUUUUUAAUUCUUUAAUUUCUUAGAAUACUUUUCUUUACAUUUUCUUCUGUAUCAUUUGUUCAUUUGAUUAAUGAGCUGGCUUUUCAUGACUCUUUCCUUCCUAUUUUUCUUUUCCUUGGGUUUUCCCAUUUGCAGUGUAUAUUACUACAGUUUUUGAAACUUUAUGAGCUAGCAUGGUAUUUCUGUUAUGGCUUUUUGAUGUCACUGCUGUAGAAAACUGCUGAAUUAGAGUAUUUUGCUGAAUGAUUUCCCAGUCCUGCUUACAGUUGUUUCCAUUUGCCUGUCACUGUAAGUUAGAAGUGUUCUGAAUAUUAUUACUUCAUCCCUUGCUCUGCUGU